GAGUAAAGUCACAGUGCUUCAGAGUGGUGAUCCGCAAGUUAGUCGGGACUGAGUUUUCUUCAGCAUUUUCCUAAUUUUUCUGACGGGAAAAUUGACCAUAACCAGCUACAUCCGCCGUUUUCACGCUUUUGGUGUCGCUGAAAAGCAAUCGUUCAAUCCAGGAGUGCGUUAAAUACGUGCAAAGUAUUCGAAAUCGACUCUGCUGUCCCAGACCGCGACCGCGAAAAAAAGGAACAGCAUCGCAUCGCGGAAGAAGAAAGUGUUUGUGUGUGUGUGGAGCACACAUCCCUCAUCGAAGCAGUAGCGAAAGGAAGAUCGCUUUUUCGUCGCAGAAAGUAGUGUGAAAACGACGGAGAGCAGGCGGCGCAGUCCCGGUUCCGUGGACAACACAAGAAAAAAGGGAGCACCAUCCAAAAGUCAGUCGGUGGAAAGAAAGUCCUUACACGAAUUCUACGCGGCAGAGUAUCGUCUAAAUUUGAUUUGCUACAUCUUCCGAUCAACCGCGAAGACUGAAAAUCAACUGUUGAUAGUCGUUGGGAAAUGGUAAUGGAAGCACAACCUUCACCGCAAAGCGUUGGCCGCGAGUUCGUGCGCCAAUAUUACACUCUGCUGAACAAGGCGCCGGAUCACCUGCACCGUUUCUACAACAACUCGUCGAGCUUUGUUCACGGUGGUUUGGAUACGAAAAAUCAGGAAGCGACGCUGGUGAUAGGUCAGAAGCAGAUCCAUAACAAGAUCCAGCAGCUGAACUUUCGUGACUGCCAUGCCAAGAUCAGCCAGGUGGACUCGCAGGCUACCCUCGGUAACGGCGUCGUCGUCCAGGUGACCGGCGAGCUCUCCAACGAUGGGCAACCGAUGCGUCGUUUCACGCAAACCUUCGUUCUAGCUGCCCAGUCGCCGAAGAAGUAUUACGUCCAUAACGACAUUUUCCGUUACCAGGACAUUUAUUCGGACGACGAAAUCGAUGAGAACGAUCGUUCGGGUGAGGAAGACGCCGGAGAAGUAGACGUCAACAAUGCCGUCGUGGAUCAGCAGUCCGUGCAGGCUAACGUUGUUCCUACCGCUGGAGGUGUAGCUCCCAAUCUUGGACAGCCGCAGCAACAGGCGCCACCUCAGCAGCAGCAACUCUAUUAUCCUCCCGGCGUUAUGAACACUGCUCCUGCAGGAAUUAUCCCCAGCUAUGGUCAACCGCAACAGGUUCAACAACCCCAGCAGUCGCAGCAACAGCAACAACAGCAGCAACAACUGAAUGGAGUGCACGACGAUUUGUUGAAAACCGUUCCAACCCAAACGGCCACCCAGCUGAUGCAAACUUCGGUUGGUACUGCACCUCAGCAGAAUCCAGCUGCAGUGAUGCAGCAGGUUCCAAGCGUUGCUAGUGGAAUACCAACUGUGGAAUCGAUUCAGCAUCUUACCCAACAACAAGUGGUUCAGUCGCAGCAAUCAAUUCCGCAAACCCUGCAGCCCCAACAAAUACAGCAACCUAUUCCGCAACAAACCGUUACCCAGCCGCAACAGCUUCAACCAGCUCCAAUAGUCGAACCGGAACCGAUUCAAAGCUCUCUGUCCAUGAAUGAACUGGAACCUGCUCUGCCCUCUGUCAACGACCCGACUCCUGCUGAAGCUAGCGAUGCUCACGAUCAUCACCACCACCACGGACACGGCCAGGCGGAUUUGAACGAUCAACAACAUCAGCAACAAUCCGUACCACAACAACAACUAUCCAACGAACCAAAAACCUAUGCCAAUUUGGUCAAAUCUGGAGGAGCCGGUGGUCCUGGGCCGUUGAGUUUCGCUUCUGUUUCUUCCCAUCAUCAACAGCAGCAACAGUCGCAUCACCAACAGGGCUACAGUAAUGUGGCUGCUGGACGUCCAACUGUAAUGUCACCUCCGCCAGCUUCACUGCAAGGCUCUAGCUCCAACAAUGGCGGCCCCAAUAGCGUCACCUCCGGCGGACUUGGCGGUACGAACAAGUACGAUCGUAACCAGCAGCAACCAUUACAACAGGAUCAGAGUGGCAUGGGCGGACAGGUGCCGAUGCCACAGCGGAUGCAAAACCAACAGCGGCCGAUUCGAGGCAAUGGUGGCCCACCCGGUGGCGGUCCGAACUCGCUUAGGCCGCAAGACAGUCGCCCAAGCUACCAGAGAAGCUACAAUAGCGAUGGCGAAGAUCGGCGUCAACAGAGUAGCUCGCAGUUUGGAGAUAAUCACCAGCUGUUUUUGGGAAACAUUCCACAUCAUGCGACCGAAGAAGAGUUGUCCAUGCUGUUCUCUAAGUACGGUACGGUUGUGGAUCUGCGCAUCCACUCGAAACCAGGACCUAAAGUUCCGGGAGUACGUGCUCCUCCGAACUAUGGCUUCAUUACGUACGAAGAUCCUUCGUCAGUGCAGAAUUGCCUAGAGAAUACGCCCCUGUACUUCCCAGAUAACGCUCCGGAUGGUCAGAAGUUGAAUGUGGAGGAGAAGAAAACCCGAAUGCGUGGUCCCGGCGAAACAGGUGGCCGUAUGGGUGGCAGUAACCUUGGAGGCAACGGAAGCAGUGGACCACGCGGAGGCCCUGGAGGUCCACAACGAGGAGGACCCGGUGGUCCCCAAGGGAACAUGAACCGUGGUGGUUCGGGACAGCGCGGUCAGGGUGGAGUCGGUGCCGGAGGUGGUGGUAUGGGUCGCGGAGGAUACCAGCGAUCGGAUCGUAGCAGCCUAACCGGUGGUGGUCCGCGAUCCGGAAAUGGAAACUACCAUCCAUCAAACCGCUAAUUUCGGUUAAAGUUCAGCAAUUUACAUAAGCAACAUACCUAAAAUAGAUACACAUUACCACUCACCCACAAGCGAGCGGAGCAUCGAAGUGUAAAACUCCCCCUUCCCCCCUAGGAAGCAACAUGUCGCGCGUCAAUGGAUAACAAACAAUAAUAAUUACUAUAAUAACAAUAAUUCAACACAACUAACUUCGAUUAUAGCAACAAUACAUCAGAAUCAGUAGUAGUAAAAUGGUUCAAACGAGUACCCAUUGUGUGAAUGCAUAACUUUUGUGAAACUGUAAUAUUAAAUAUUUCAACCACAAGAAAGUUAAAAAAGAAAGUAAUAAAGCGUAAAUCAAAGUAACGAUUUGACUCUAAAAACGUAUUGUUAGGAAACCUUAAGAAUAUCAAAAGAUUAAGCACUAAUAGUAAACUGGAUGAGACAAGUUUUUUAAUACACCAUAGAGAUAAAAAUGUCUGAGUGUAGACUAUACAGAUAAUUUAGUUGGACAAGAGUAUUUUUUAUUUCGAAUAGGGGAUGAAAAACUUUUUACCAAUCCAUAAAGGGAAACUGCUUUAAGAAAAAACUAGGAAACACUUGAAAUGUUUUAAAUUUUUAUUUAUUAUUGCUAGAUGCACAACUCCAGUAUGUUUGUUUUAUCUAAUUGUUAUAAAAAAACAUAUUGCCAAACAUUUCGAGUUAAAUUGUCUGAGGGUUUCACAGCCGUCUGGUGUUGCUAAACCUUUGAUACAAUGUAGUUCAACAUUUUCUUUCUUCUUCCAUUGUUAGUGUCAAAGUUUCCCAACACGAUGAGAAAAAAACUCUUUCUUCCGCAUAGGUGCUCACUGUGUGCGCUCCUACUUGUAACAGAAGAUCUCCAAUGUCUUUUGAAGAGUAAUUGAAGAAAGCAUUACAAGGAGAAACAUGAGAUUGAUGUAAAAGAAGUAGUAAUCAGUACAUAUUUAGAUUAUUUUCCCAUUCGCCGGGCUCAAUGAUAAAUCAUCGGUCUAUUUAUGAAAGCUAUCGUAACAAAUUUAUCGUGAUUUGUCAAUGAACGAAAGCGUUAACUUAGCGACAAGGUAUGCUAAACUUACUUAAGCUAAAAACUAGAAAAAAAAAAUAAACAAAAGAUGCAAUUAGGACAGAGUAAAUAAUUUAGGAACAGAGAAUGACUUUCUAAGUACAACCAAGCACUGCGACGCAAGUUCUCACAGUAGGAAUGAAAAUAAAGAAAGGAAUAAGAAAUAAUUUAGAUAGAAAACUGUUCACAUUUUUUUUAAAUGAAAAUGUUUGAUUGACUGCAUUUUUAAGUAGAGCAUUCUUUUUGUAAUUCAACAUCCAUAGUUACAUAUGAAUAAUUGAUUUCAAAAAAAUACCGAGAUAGAAAGUAGACACACAUAUGUUUCAGUCAGUGCUUUUGUGUGAACAUCUGAUCAAUUCAACAAGACAUUAGGUGAAAAAAAACUUAACUAAUUGCUAAACAAUAAUGUGAAACACGACAAAACUAAAUAAAAAAUACGUUAUUUAAGCAUAAUUAAAUUGAAAAUAAAA